AUGAACGUGGAGAAAAGUACGAUAAAAGAGAGCGUCAAAUUGGAUCCAUAUCUUCCCAUCAGCCAGGAUCUCUUUGAGUCUGCCGCGAGACUUUUCGGACCAGAGAACAAACCAAAAGUGGAACUCGUGUAUCUGCGCACGAGGAAGGGGAGAAUCGAUCUGAGGAUGCAGGUAGAGGAACGCCCAGCGACAGUCAAGGCAGUCGCAGAUGUGAUGCCUGCAGUGUUCAUUAGGUCUGAGAAGGGAAAUAUUUCUUUUACACUGGAAGAUUCACCGACAGUUUCGCUACCCAUUGACUUUGAAAUCGAGGCCGAUAAUGGAGAUAUCUUUGUUUAUAUCCCCCGAGGAAUCAACUGCCAGAUAGACGUUCCAGAGAGCCCCAGAAACGUGGUUGUUUCCGGCGGCCUCAAGGCGGAUUUAAAAUCUCCCGUGAAGAACGAGAGGGAACGAAAGUUGUACCUUGGAGAUACGUGGGAGACCAAGAAGACUUUCGUAUUCGUUGUCCGGGCCCCAGGAGGAUCAAUAUUCUUGCAGUAUGGAGGAGAAUCCGUUCCAAAGAGGAAGCUGAUAGCUGUCCGACUCUAUGUCAACGUUCACCGUUCAACCAUCAUCUUGAAUCAAGGAGAUCACCAGGAACUGAAACUAGAUGACGAACAGAAACAAAAGCCCAGUACGCGCUAA